ACUUCACAUUUCACACGCUCCGGUCAACUGUAUGUAUGAAGAAGGUCUCGGAUUCUUCGUUCACAGAAACUCGGAUUCUAGUCACAUUCCAGCUUGCAGUUCAACGACAACAACAAUUCUCCUUUCUAUCAGUUCCUUCUCCUUGGUGCUUGCACGGCAAUGGCGUACGCACAGCAAAUGGACGAGGUCGUGGGACCUCCGCCACAGUACUUCGCGCAGCAGCCGAAGCAGCCAGGGAUAGUACAGCAGCAAGUCGUGCAGCAGCCAAUGGUGACCCAGACCACGACGAAUGUGCGCGACACGUCGCUGGAUGCGGCCCAGAUGCAGCGCACCACCUCGCUCUCGCACACCCUGAGCGGAUUCGCUGUGUUCGGCGCUCUGCUGGGUCUGUCUGUGUUCUUGCUGAACACCGUCCCUAUUGGACAGGGUGUUCGUGUGUAUAACAGUAUUUACAACUACUACUCGAACGAGUAUACAUACGUCAAGGUGAACUACUAUCCAGGCAUUUGGUAUGGAUUGCUGAACCUGUUGUCUUGCAUCGGGGUGCUGGCCUUUGCGCAGAGGGCUGUGGCCAAUACUCGCCAAAAUGCUGAUUACAUUCUGAACGAUGGAGCAAUCCGCACAUCGGGUGCAUUGAUGUCUACCCUCUUCGCCAUCUUGUCUUGUGUUGGUAUUGGCGCCAUCACCUGUGCUGCCAUUACCACUGUUACGCUGGAUCACAGCCUGGAUUUUACAGACUGCACGUAUAAUGAUGCCCUUCGCCGCUGUACGUGCAGUAACUCCUACUAUGUGUCUGACGUGGACAGCUGUGAUUAUGCCUGGAACACGCUUUUUGCCGUCUACCGGGCCAUCACGUCCAUUUCCGCUGUCCUGGUUGUCAUCGACAUCAUCAUCGCCUCGCUGUUCUGCGGUGUGCUGUGCUGCUGCGUGAUCAGCACGCCCUACCACAUGGCAAUGCCAAUGGGUGUUGGUGCGGGGCAAGUGAUUGUUACCCAAGUGCCAGCCCAACAGCAAUUCAUACAGCCUGCCACAACUGCCUAUAUCCAGACCUACUGAGCAAGUGGUGGCAUGUGCAAUAGCAACAACAGGCGAUAACCAGCCAUACAUCAUCAUCAUGCUAACAUGACGUCAUCAGCUCGGUUAUGGACCAGUAUGACGUUAUCAACUAUGUGUUGUGAAUUUGUAUGAUGUCCUGACCUGCUACUGUCAUUACCUCUCUUAUAACUCUACUUCUAUGAUGCUUAUAUGCAUGCACUACACACAUUCGCUCUUAUGUAAUUGGGCUUCGUGCCCUUCUGUUUCUGCGAAUUAUUACGAUAACAAUAAUAAAAAAACAACAUUAUCUGCAGUCUCCUCACUGCCUCCAACAACUCCUUGCCGGGCUCCGAUUCUCAUUUGCCUAUGCACAAUGCAUUUUGCACCUUUCUUAUGCCAGCCCUUACAGUCUACAGUCUACAGUCUACAGUGCAAGCAGUUUUGUUGACUACACCUGUACAAUGUCAUGUACUUCUCUGUCAGCACUUGCUCAGUUCUUGUUGGUUCUGGUGCCCGCAAAGUUCGUGAACGGUUGAAUUUUAAAAUGCUCUUCGGAAUCUAUUUCUCUCUUUCUCUUUCUAGCUACAUGUACUUUAUAUCUCGCUCUAUCUCCGAAAUGAUCAAGUUGUCGUAUUACAAGGUUAUUCGCCUUAAUGCCAAUAGAACUGUGAACGGUA